AUGAAUAGAAAACAAAAAGUUACGAAAACUCUUGGCCCUUUAGACAACAACUGCAAAUGUAUCCAAAUAGUUGGUCAUUUGGAAUCUGUGAAGUGGAUAGUGUAUCCUCGAAUAUACCGAACGGGGCCAGGAUAUCUUGUUCUUGGGGACUGGAUUCAGAACCCACAUAUCUGGUUGCACUAUGUUGAAAGUUCAGACGGAUUAUUAGCUGAUGAUGAUGUUCUGUUAAGCACCGACACACGCUACUGGAACAUCCACGAUGUGCAACGCUACUUUUACGCCCAUGAGCACUGCAAUCAAAUAUUGUACACCUACCAAUAUCCUAACUUACGGAUGCCCACACACUUUGGGGACUACUUAUGGAGGGCGAACACUGCUAUGAAGCUUCCGUCUAAUCAGUUUUUGAAAACGUUAAACAAGGAUUUGGCAAUUACUCUAAAGGUACUUAUACGAAUGAAUGAGAAUAUCUUGUACUCACGGGAAAUGAAAUCAAGCGAAGAGCAAAUGGACCGUCUGAUAGUUCCUGAUCAACUGUUGCAUUUGGAUCGUCUCGACUAUUUCAGAAGAAAGAGUAUUUUAGAUAAUUUGUCACAUGUUUUAAGUGUACAGAAUCAUCUUCAGCUGGUAUCAUUCGAGAACAUGCGCUGUAAAAGACUAGAAGGCGUUCGUUUGAUUCAACAGUUAGCAAUCUUUAACUCAGAGUCACUGAAGUAUUUAUUUCUAUGGGACUUUGUUCUUCAAAAUGAGAAUCCUUUACUUAUCAACUACAGUUAUUUGACUGUAGCAACAUGUUGUGACCUGGUAAAGAACUGA